AACGGCACACAUUUCAUCGUCACCUGAAUUUUUCAAUAUCUGCUCUGUUUGUUAGUAUUUAGGGUUUUAUGUCUUUGUUUAUUUCUUUAGUUAUUUUAUACGAAAGGAUUGGUUCUGUUUCUCAGUCAAUCAACGUUUAAUUCAUGGUUGAAAGAAAAAUUAUGUAUUCAUCUAGAGGCACUGGUGCUUAUGGGCAGCCAACAUACGGUGGUCAAUCUGGUUAUGCCCAAAAUCUGGUAGCUGGAUAUGGUGGGGGAUCGGUUGGAGGGACUGAUGGAGGCUCUCAACAUUCCUUGGCUUCUAGGCAUUCAUCAUUGUUGAGUGCUUCUCAAGAAGCAGAUAUUGGUGGUUACAGAGGAGCUGCAGCACAUUAUGGGGGCCAAUAUGGGGCUAUCUAUGGCUCAUCUUCCAUGUCUGGCUCUCAACAGACACCCACAUUGAGCUCUAAAGGGACUGGACCAUCAGCUUUGGAAGGUCGUGGUGGCUAUACCUCAGCUUUGCCUGAUUCUCCAAAAUUUGCAGCUGCUGACUAUGUCCCAUCAUCUAGUCAUGGAUAUGGUCAUAAAAGCGAUCAAUUAUACGCCGAGAAGGUUCAUGAUUAUCCUGCGAUUGAGAGGCGUCAAUAUGGCGAACGACAAAGUGCAUUUAUGGGGAGGGAUAUUCAAAGUGAUCCAGCUGCAAGAUAUGCAGAUUCUGUUGGCUUUAGUCAUCAACAUCAGUCCCAGAUGUAUGAACGCAUUGAUCAGGCAUCAAUGCUUCGGCAAGAACAGUUGUUGAAAUCUCAAUCGGUGCAAUCUGCUUCUCUUGAAGGAACUUCCAGACAAGUUGAUUAUCUUGCAGCAAGAAGUGCUGCUAGUCGUCAUCCCACUCAAGAUCUUGUUUCUUAUGGAGGAAGAAUGGAUGCCGAACCCCGCAGUUCCUCAAUGCUUAAUGCUUCGUCAUAUAGUGGGCAACAUGCUCCAUCGAUAUUAGGCGCAGCUCCUCGGAGGAAUGUGGAUGAUCUUCUCUACACUCAGAGUUCGUCAAACCCUGGCUAUGGAGUUAGCUUGCCUCCUGGUAGGGAUUAUGGCGCUGGAAAAGGGCUUCAUGGGACAUCUCUUGAUUCAGAUUACCGCGGUGGUAACUUAAGGAAUGACGAGCGUAGGGAUGAUAGAGCUGGUUAUCUUCGAGAAUUCGAGCUAAGAGAGGAAGAGCGCCGCCGGGUGCUUUUGCGUGAGAGGGAGAAGGAAAGGGAAUGGAAGAAGGAAAGAGAACGGGAACGGGAACGAGAGCGAGAAAGAAAGCGUGAAAAGGAACUCAUUUUGGAGCGGCGUGAGAAAGACAGGAAGCGUCAACGCAAACGUGGACCCGAAAUUAGGCGUGAAAAAACUCCACCAAGAGUUUCAAAGGACAGACGCGGGCCUUCUUUGACAAAGGAUACUAGAAUCUCGCUGCGAGAUACACCAACUCGUGAAGCUUCACAUAGGCGUCACUCACCUGUUAAAGAAAAAAGAAGAGAAUACGUAUGCAAGAUUCACGCUUCCAGUUUGGUUGAUAUUGAGCGGGAUUUUUUGGCUUUAGAUAAGAAAUACCCCAGAUUAUUUAUAUCUCCAGAAUGCUUAAAGGUUAUUGUGAACUGGCCGAGGGAGAAUCUUAAACUUUCAAUCCACACACCUGUCAGUUUUGAGCAUGAUUUUGUUGAAGAUGAGGGUGUUACCGAGUUAAAAGAUGCUUCAUCAACUAAGAACUUGACUCAAAUUUUGAAAUCAGAGCAUGGUAACACUAUAUGGAAUGCAAAGAUAAUUUUGAUGAGUGGACUUACUAAGAAUGCAAUGGAGGAGCUUUCAUCUGAGAAAAGCUAUGAUGAUCGCCUACCGCAUUUGUGCAAUAUUCUUAGGUUUGCUAUCUUUAAAAAGGAUCGAUCUUUUAUGGCUAUUGGUGGUCCAUGGGACUCUGUUGAUGGUGGUGAUCCCUCAGUUGAUGAUUCUGUUUUAGUUCAAACAGCCCUCAGAUAUGCAAGGGAUGCAGCUCAAGUUGAUUUGAAGAAUUGCUGUAAUUGGAAUCGCUUUUUGGAGAUACACUAUGAUAGAUAUGGCAAGGACGGGUUCUUUAGCCACAAAGAGAUCACUGUUCUGUUUGUUCCAGAUUUGUCACAGUGCCUACCUUCAUUGGAUGCAUGGCGAGAGCAGUGGCUUGCUCAUAAAAAGGCCAUUGCUGAGAGGGAGCGUCAGCUUCAUUUAAGAAAAGAGAGGACCAAAGAGAAGGAAGGGCAGAAAGAUAAAGGGAUAAAAUUUUCAAAUGAUUCUAAAAUGGUGGACAAAUUAGAAAAAACCAAAGAGUCUGCAUCCUCAGGUGCCAAAAAUAAAGAGAAAGAUGGGAAAGGUAAAACUACUGUGCAAAAGGGGGAUGAUAAUGACAAGAACCUUGAGAAAAAGGAGGGGGCUGAAACAGGAGAGGAAGCAAAGAAUUCUGAGAAGAAAGAUCAGGUGGCUGUUUUAGGUACUCCGGCAGCUGGCACUGUUAAAACUGGAAGGAAGAAGAUAAUAAGGAGGAUUGUCAAACAGAAAGUCUCGAAUAAGACCACUGAAGCUGAGAGUACUGUGCCUAAUCAGAAUGAGUCUUUAGGUGGGAAGAAUGCUGGAGAGAGCAUUGAAAGAUCUGAGAUUUCUAAGGAGCAAACUGAUAGUUCUACUGAUCCUUCUGGAAUUAAGACUUUUGUGAGGAAAAAAGUUAUAAAGAAGGUUCCAGUGGGGAAAGCUGCUCAAAAAAAAGAUGAGGGUUUACAGCCGGAUGUUAAAGCUGAGAAGGAAAUGGACUCCACUGAAGAUAAAAUGAAGGAUAGUUCAGAUAUUAGCAAUACUGCAGGUCUACAAGGUACUAAUGUCAAAACAGCUAUAAAGAAGAAAAUAAUCAGAAGAGUAUUAAAAAGAAAAGUCACUAGUGCGGCACAAAAGAAUGAUAAAACAGUAGGUCAGGUAGGUAAUGAAUCAGAAAAUACGGAGAUAGGAAAAACAGGGGCAGAAAACAUGGCAAUUGAUGUUCAAAAUUCCGAAAAGAAAGUAAGUGCUUCGAAAUCACCACCUACGGAGAAGCAAGGUAGCUCGUCCAAUUCAAAUAUAACAGAAACCAAAGCUGCUAAGGAGGAUAACAAGGAUGGCAAGGAAUUUGAUGGCAACAAUGGCUCUAAAGUUGAUGGCAAGAAUGGUUCCAAAAUUGAUGGCAAGGCUGACAAGCAAAAACUUGCUCCGAAGGAAAACCAUGGAGCCAAGAGAGCAAAACCAAUGGAUGAGGAGAAGUCCAAGGAUAAUAAGAAGGAUAGAGAUGUAAAAGAUGGUUCUAAGAGCAAAUCCAAUGAGGAUGCAAAAGAAAAGAGAAUAAUUGAAGAACCUCCUAGACAUCCAGGAUUGAUUUUGCAUACGAAAGCAAACAAGGGAACUAAGCUGCGCUCAUUGUCCCUUUCACUUGACUCACUCUUGGGCUACACAGAUAAUGAUAUUGAGGAAUCAACAUUUGAGCUUUCAGUAUUCGCUGAAUCAUUUUAUGAAAUGCUUCAAUAUCAGAUGGGCUCUCGUAUUUUUACAUUCCUUCAGAAACUGCGCAUCCAAUUUGUGAAAAAAAGAAAUCAACGUAAGAGGCUGCGAGAGGAAAAGGAAGAGAAAGAUAAGGAGAGGAAAUUAUCUAGCAAACGCCUGAAGACUGCUGAGCUUCCCGUGAAAGAUAAUUCUGCUGACUCGGAUUUGUUGAAUGCAAAUCAGCCAGAGGACCCAAAAACUAAUGAUCAGAAGACAGUUAAGAAGGAAGAAGAUACUGUUAUUGAUAAGGUUGAUGAAACCGUUUCAGUUGAUGAAACAGAUUACGAGGAAGACCCAGAAGAAGAUCCUGAAGAAGAAGAUGAUGAUUUUGAUGAUGACUCAUCUAAUGAGAAAAAUGAAGAUGAGAAGAUGAAUCUGGAUGCUGAUCAUGAACCAGUGGCUGGUAAUGGAGAAGAAAAAUCAGAGAAAGAUACCAAGGAGACAAAAUGCGAAGACACAAAGCCCAAAUUGGAUGCUGAUUUGUCUGAAAAACGAGAUUCGAAGGUGGGGGAUAAAAAGAAAGAGUCAUCUGCUGUCAAGGAGACUGUGAUUGACAAAGAACUGUUGCAGGCUUUCAGGUUUUUUGACCGAAAUCGAACUGGCUAUAUUAGGGUUGAGGACAUGAGGUUGAUUAUCCAUAACCUGGGGAAGUUUCUUUCUCACAGAGAUGUAAAGGAAAUUGUGCAAAGCGCUCUGUUAGAGAGUAACACCGGGAGAGAUGACCGCAUUCUUUAUGGCAAGCUGGUUAAAAUGGCCGAUAUUUCUUAGGUCGUUUUUGGUCUGGUCUGUUACUAGGCGUUAGUGCUCUUUCACAUGGAACCUUGCUUAUGUUAGGCUGUUGCUUUGGUGUUUUGUCCGAAUAAUGAAAAUCAUGUAAAAUGGUAUAGAGCGAUGUGAAAUUUGAUGGUCACUUUUUACUUGACCCUUUUUUAACAUGCUAAUAAUGGCUCAUCCCUCUUAAUUUACUUGUUUCUUAUUACUUGUAAA